AAAGUCUUUUUAAGGCAGAACAUUUAAUUUUAAGGGGAUGUAGCCAGGGUGGAGCUGGUGGAUUCAAGAGCCAGAAAGUGGAUUUGGAAAGGGAACCUCAUCUUGGCAAGUUUGGAGGGAACAACAAAUUUCUAGGAAGAUAUCAGGAAGCUAUUUAAUAUAUGCAGAGGUCAUUAGGUCUCACUUUCAUCCUACAUUUUGAGUUUUAACAGCCAGCACUCAAGUUCUCUGAAUCAUGCCAGAGUCUACAAGCUGAUCAUAACAUUUACUUUGAAGGUAUUAACAAGGAGAAUGGAGGGUGCAACAAACUAGAGCCCAGGAAUCUGAGGAAUUUCAGUUAAGUCUUUCAUUCAUUCCAAUUAACUUCAUCAUGCAAUUAUCAUUGACAUAAGCACCCCAGCCAUAUAGUCUUUCUCAAAUAAUAAGUACUUCUAAUGUUUCCUCCAGUAUCUACCAACUCCUAUGAAUUCAGCAGAACUGCAGCAGGAAGAUCAUUCCCCUGAAACAUACAAACAUACAAAAACAGAAAUUGCUUGGGAAACUUAACAAGUCUGGCAGCAUCUGUGAAGAGAAAACAGAGUUAAUGUUUCAAGUCCAGUGACCCUUCUUCAGAAAGUUCUAGGUGGUGGACUAUGGUGAGGGAAAGUCUGCACAAAAACCAGAAAAGCACAGGAGAAAGACCACAGCAGAAAACAUGGAAAGCAACAAAGAAAUUAAUCAGUCACAGUGGAUAAUAUAUUAAGAUGAAUUGGAAGUUGUUAUAGGGAAGAAAAGAGCACUCAAAGUCCUCCAAGAGAAAGUAUGCCAGGGAACGGGGUAAAGGAUCCAAAUAGCAGGAGCUUGGCCCAACUACUACUGUAGAAGGUCAUGAGAACCAAGAGCCAAGGUCCAAGCGACAGGCAUUCUACCUGAGUUUGUUCAGAUAUGUUAUGACCACCUACUGGUGCAGGUGUCCCAGCCCAGAGGUAUGGACUUUACCACUGCAGUAGAAGAGUCGAUGCAUCCAAGGCAUGUGUGUGACGUUAUCAACGCUUAAUGGAACGAAGUCUUGUUACCUGUAUGUGAACAGAAUUUUCAUUUUGUGGUUCCAAUUGAAAAGAAUAAGAAGGUAGAUGUUAUCAAAAGAAUCGGCUUUAAGAGUGCAAGGGUAGUGCCGGAUAAAGAUUGGACAACUUUAAAGCGAUCUAGAAUUAUUUAGAUUUUGAAAUGAUGCAGUUCUGCAAACUUGUGUCUGCCCUCCAACGGCCAAAUCGCUGCAGUUUAACAGAAGAGAGUUACUGCCCGUUCUCCCACAGUCACUAACAUGCGGGAUUACGAUGAAAUCACCGCUUUUCUCGGAGAAUGGGGACCUUACCAGAUCCUCACCUUCUUCCUUUUGAGCCUCAGUGUCUUUCCCAAUGGCUUCGGUGGAAUGUCCAUAGUUUUUGUCGGGGAUAUUCCUGAACACCGCUGUUUAAUUCCCGGGCACCUCAACCUCAGUGAAGCGUGGAUGAACCGCACGAUCCCUCUGGAACAAGACAGGGACAAACUCCAGUACAGCAAAUGUAGACGGUACCGGUUGGAUGUGAUCAAGAACCUCUCGGAGAUAUUCCCUGACCCGGAUUCCGUCAAUAUUUCUGAGGUGGGACAGGAGCCCUGUUUGGAUGGAUGGGUGUACAGUAAGGAGCAGUACAUCUCCACCAUCGUCAGCGAGGUAAGCGGCUGGAGCAACCACAGUGUUUGUGAUUGUGACAGGGAGGAGUUUGUGAAGUGGGAUUUGGUGUGUAACGAUGCCUGGAAAAUGCCGUUUUCUAUGUCAGUAUACUUUCUGGGAGUGCUGACUGGUUCAUUUGUUUCUGGUGUCUUGUCGGAUAGGUUUGGUAGAAAGGCAAUUCUGUUUGCGACCAUGGCUGUACAGACUGGCUUCAAUGUACUUCAAGUGUUCUCAUCACCCUGGGAAAUAUUCUGCCUGGUUAACUUCCUGAUAGGUAUUGGACAAAUCUCAAACUACGUGGCUGCUUUUGUUCUGGGAUCAGAACUUCUUGGAAAAUCCAUUAGAAUUACAUACUGCACACUGGGAGUUGGCAUUUCCUAUGCAUUCGGGUAUAUGUUCUUGCCUUUGGUUGCGUACUUUAUACGAAGCUGGAAGAUGUUGCUUUUCAUCCUGUCUCUUGUUGGCCUGAUAUACAUACCUUUAUGGUGGUUUAUUCCUGAAUCUCCACGCUGGCUGCUGUCAAAGGGGAGGGUACAGGAGGCAGAAGCAAUAUUCCAUCACAUUGCAAAAAAAAAUGGUAUCACUCUACCAGAGGUGCUCUUCAGUGAUUUGGAGCUUGAAGAUAUAAAGGAUAAAAAUAUAAAGUCUUUUUCAAUUACUCACUUGAUAAAAACCCAUAACAUUCGAAGCAUCACCAUUACAAACCUUAUAGUGUGGUUCAUUUUAGCAAUUGGAUACUAUGGUCUGUCUUUGAACACACCCAAUCUCCAUGGUGAUGACUAUUUGAAUUGUUUCAUCUCUGGUGCCAUCGAAAUUCCGGCCAACCUGGCAGCUUGGUUUGUCCUCCAGAAGUUUACUCGCAAGUUGAGCCUCUCGGGCUCACUUUUUUUUGGUGGAAUUGUCCUCUUCUUUGUCCAGCUCAUACCUUCAAGUAUUUCAAUACUUGCUACAAUGCUGGUGAUGAUUGGAAAAUUAGCAAACACAUGUGCUUUUGCCAUAAUUUAUACCUAUACUGCUGAACUCUAUGCAACUGUGAUAAGAAACACAAGUGUUGGAGUAUGCUUGAUGGCCUCCAGGCUGGGCAGUAUCAUCUCACCUUACUUUUUUUACCUUGGAGCUUACUAUGAGUUUCUGCCUUACAUUCUGAUGGGAAGUUUGACCAUAUUUUCAGCACUUCUGAUCUUGUUACUGCCUGAAACAAUAAAUUUCCCUCUCCCAGACACCAUUGACCAGAUGCAGAGAAUGAAAGGAUUCAAAAAUGCUUGGAAGCACCGCUACUAUUUUAAUACAAACGAAACAACCACAGAAGUUAAUUGUAUGGCUAUUAAGAAAGAGGAACUUUGACCCAGUUUUGGUGAAAGAUCUCAGCAAUGGAGCACUAGAUGUUCAUCAUUUAUUUUCAAUUUAUGCCACAGUGUUCACUGUAUGGUAAGUAUAUCUAAAAAUGCAACAUAGACAAUCCAUGGCCAUAGUCAAAUUCUCAAAUGCCAAGCAUGCAGCAUUAUUUCAUAUGUUAUACAAGGUUUUAAUAAAAACUUCACCGGCCUGGACUUUUUAUGGGGUCUUAGCCAAACAGUUUGUUGCAUUUUAUUUUGCUAACUUACGUCUCAUUGCCUCUGCUCAUUGGAUAGGUUCCUCCUGAUCAUACAAUUUUGCUAAAGACACUGAAACAAAUAUCAGCACCAGAGAAAUAAAAUUAUUUCAGUCAGUGCUUUUUGCUAUCUGUCAACUGUCCCCUCAGCUCCAUUCAACCAACUUUGGGUCUAAACCUCACCGGUGGUGUAAGAUUAGAAAUAUGUUUUCAGAUUAGAACUUGGGGCAUAAAUGUCAUUCAGUUCAGCAUUCAAUUAAAUCAUGAUUGACAUUAACUUUAACUCCAUCUAUUCAACCACCUCCUGAUACUCCUUAUUUGUCAUGCUUAAAUAAAACCUAUCAUUUUCAGCUUAUACAUUUUGUGAGUAAGAGUUGAAGGUUUCAACUGCUUUGUAUUCAUUUAUGAAGUCCACUGGCAUUUAUUGCCCAUUGUUAAUUCCCUUUGGCAUGGUAAUUAUCUACAUUCUUGAACAGCAGCAGUCCAUGUGGUGCAGAUACAUCCACAAUUUCCUGGGACAAUUUCCUGGGGUUUUGACCUAUGAUUCUAAGUGAGGAAUGUGUGAGACAUGGAGGGAUCAUGCAAAGAGCAGAAGUAUGCCAAUCAGCCAUUCAAACCUGUUCCGCCAUUCCAUAUGAUUGUACCUAUUUGUUUGCAUUUUGAACUGUACAUUCCAUCUACCCAGGAUAACCUUUGAUUAUGUUUUAAUAAUAUUCAAUGACCUUCUGUCCAUCAUCUUCUGAGGCAGAGAGCUCCAAAAUCGCAAGACCCUCUGAGAGAG